AUGGCACCCCGCAAGCCUCGUUGCAAUUUCAAGGAGUGCAAGGAAGCAGCUCAGCGAAUUGUCGGAGAUUGCAGUUUUUGCCACGGCCACUUCUGUUCGAAGCAUCGUAUGCUUGAAGCUCACUCGUGUACCGGGUUAGAGGACUGCAAGAAGGAAUCACAUGCUCGCAAUGCCGACAAGCUGAAUAGCGAGCGAACGGUCGUGGUCAAGGGUGUAUAA